AUGGAUGACAAACUGACCAAGACGCUGGAAGAUCGGUUGAAAUGUGCUGCAUCUCGGGGAUUCACUGCUGAGUAUCAGCAACAACAAGAAGAGCAAGACAACGUUGUUUGCUUUCGAAAGCUCGCCCCUGCUACUGUAGCUAAACAAGAGCGAGCUGUAGAUUGGGCACUUUGGAGGCAUUCUCGCAACGAGCCUAUACAUGCGAAUUUCGAUAAAGACGAGCCCGAUCCCACUCCUCGGACCCUAAAGCUAUUUGCAAGAGAGCUUGAUCGCAUACCGCACGCCUCUCCUCCGUCAAGACUAACCGAGCUACAAGUCAAGUACAAUCUGCCCACAGUGGUUCGCGAGCCAUUCCAUGUGACUCAUCAAGACAUCAAGCUACUCCAGCAUCGCCUAUUUGGCGAGGACGAGCAUGACUAUGAACAUGAGUCUGCAAGGGUCCAGAUUGGAGCUGCUCUCUCGCUCUUUGCAGGUUCAGCCGCGCGAGCUGGUGCGGUCGUUGAAUCGAGCAGCUACCGGAAUACAAACGAGUGCCUCUACUAUAAGCAUCUUACCUUUAAUAUUAAACGGACGAGCGGAUCAGAGGAAGUGAUACGCUGGGUCACCCUUGAUCCUGAGUUUUUGAAAGGGCAUCGUUACCGAGACGAUGAGAUAUUACCCAGAACCUGGUUCAAUUCUCAUCCUGUACUCGGGUUGGGGUUUCUCUUUUGGGUGUCUGUCAUUGGACUCGCAGACCAUGCAUUCAGAGGAAUCUCAACAAUCGAUGAGCUGCUGGAGAAACGCCCGCCAAAAGGAAAGGAAUCCUGGACACUUCAGUGGAAUGAUAAUGUCAGAGACCGUCCCUUUCUCCGGAUGGUCGCUGUUGAAGGACGUAGCCACGACCGCGCGUUGACUUUCUCAUCGCUGCGCCAUCAUAUCACGAGUUUGGCCCAACGAGACGGCUUUAGAGAUCCCCUACGCGUCCACGGAAUCCGAGGCGGAAUGGCAAACAAAAUAGACCCCAACGCAUCCACGGCUUCCCGUAAUCAGGGCCUUGAUCAUAAAAACUCAGCAACAUUUGUGAAGUACCAAUCACAACUUAAGUCUCUGGACAUGCAAGCUUUGUUUUAUGAUCUCAAACCGGACUACGAAUGCCGUGACAUGGAGCGAAGCGAGCCGGAUAAAUACCCAAUUUUGACUUCGGAGCGGACUACGUUGUAUUCUAUUAAAGCCAGAAAGCUUCGGUCAAAGCGACAAGAUUUUACUGCUAGUUGGUGGGCGGCUAGCUAUGAUGAAUACAUUGCGGGAAAUGAGUUCAACGAAAAGGAUACAACGAAUCUCUUUGAUAUCUACUCCAAAUACAUACCUGAAAGGGCUCGACUCAAAGAGAACCUUUUCAAAGAGGCCUCCCUUGAUAGUGAGGUUGGCAGGCAGUGUCUGCAAGAUGCAGUAAAUCUUUGCAUGUCAACAGAAAGAGUUGCAUAUUACCCCGGGCUAUCGCCAGUUGAUGGACUGUGUCCUGUGUGCUCUUGUUCAAUGUCUAGCAGUGUCUCCCUUCAGUUCCGCGCAAAACAUAUUCUGCAGUGCAGGAGAAAAUCGAUGAAUGCCGCACCUUAUCAGCAGCAAUACCAGAACGGCAAAAGGGCCCAUCGACGAGUCGGCCGCGUAUUUCUCGAAUUCUGUUAUCUUUGUACCCUCUUCUGCAAUGACGAGGCCGACUGGGCUCGGCACUGCAAAACCCAUUUGCAAAAUCUCCAACCCCGAUGUGGUAGGCUUACAUUCCGCUACACACUUGUUGCCCCUGGAUUCUGCCCAUUCUGUUUGGGUGACGAGAGGAUGCCACCGGAAAGACGGUUUACACAAUGGAUGAAAACUGCCACCCUACUGAAUCAUAUUGACAAUCAGCAUUUGAGCAAGUUGAGUUUCGAGAAAGCUAUUUUAUGCCCUCAUCCCUGCUGUGGUGACACAAAUUACAAGGGCGUGACAGGUCUUAAACGCCAUUUCUACAAUGUCCAUACGCUCAGGGAAUCUCGUUCGAACUGCGUUUCGAGGAAGAGAACAUGGGAUUUCAGUGACGAUCGUGCUCAGCUGGAUGAAGCACGACCUGUGGAAAACUCUGGGGUUGACAGAGCUACGGUUGAAGAAUCGUGCCAGCCCAGGGAUCAGUGCGACGGUCCGCCACAGCCCGCGAGCAAAAAGCGCCGUUCCUCACCCUGA